UUUUUUUUGAGGCAUAGAAGUAGUGAACAUUUUAUGACAGAUAAGAAUGACAUAUAAAUUGAUUUCAAGCAAACAAAUAUCAUGCCAACAACCAAAUGGAGUUUCAAAACUAAACGAUCCGUUUGUCGUCGACAAUGACAACUCGGCUCGAAAAUCAUUAUUACCGGUGCCAUCAUCUUCAUCGUCAUUAUCACUACAAUCAUCAUCACUGUCAUUGUCAUCAUCUCAUUCCAUACCAUUAAAUAGCUUAAAUCAAUUAAGAAUGCAUGAAGAAAGAGCUGUUCCCAAGAACGUGACCGCACAGGCCGGUCAUCCCGUGUAUCUGCACUGUAUUGUCGAACCCAUAGGCGAUAAAAUGGUCUCAUGGAUUCGUUUACGUGAUUUCCAUUUGCUAACAGUAGGUCUUCUCACUUAUAUAUCUGACGACCGCUUUGUUAUACGACACGGAACUCUACAAUCUAAUGACUGGGCCCUACAAAUCAAACAUGUCGUUCCCACCGAUGAAGGUCUAUAUGAAUGUCAAAUCAACUCAGAUCCCCCACGAAGUCAGUAUUAUAAUUUACAAGUUGUCGUACCGGUGGCUGAGAUGAUUGGUCAGCCCGAUGUGUUUGUACGUACCGGUGCCACAAUAAACUUGACGUGUGUUAUAUCACGUUCACCUGAAACGCCAGCUUAUGUUUUCUGGUAUCACAACCAACGUAUGAUAAAUUAUGAUUCAGUAGGAAGGGGUGACAUAACCAUCCAAAAAGACUCGUCCAAAAGUGAUUCAGUUGUCUCACGUCUUGUCAUACGAUCGGCCAAAUUGCACGAUAGCGGCAAUUAUACGUGUGCUGCCAGUAAUGCUCAGCCAACUUCACUAUAUGUUCACGUUUUACAGGGAGAGAAGCGAUUAUCGAGUAGAAUACAGAACGACCAGCCAUUCAUCGACCAGACCUCUAGUGAUGCCAGUGCUGGCAGAACCAGAAGCCAACCAAACACUCAACUCAGACCAACCAUUAUUGCUAUCACAAUGUUUAGCCUAUUGAUGGCUGCAUUCAAUACAAUGCAAUCACUGCCGUAUACAACAGCAACUAAUUUAGUGAGACAUACAUGAAAAGUGGUCACAACUAGCAUGUGAUGUGAUGUCUAACCAACAGUUAAUCUCAACAUCGAAAUCAUUAUAUCUCACAAACUCUAUCCUCUCUAUC